AAAUGUCAAAUUUUACUUUUAGGUUAGAAAACAUACAAAUAAUUUAAUUUUAAGCAUUUACCUGUGGAUAUUUCUUUAAUCAAAUAUUAAUAUCAAGUGCGCAAAAUCUAGAAGUGUAAACAAAUCUAAUGAGAAGAAUGGCUUUAAUAAGGCGAUAUAUCGAUAUCGGAGCCAAUCUCACAGAUGAUAUGUACCAAGGUGUGUACAAUAAAUCAAAGAAGCAUGAACCAGACCUAGACAAAGUGUUGGAGAGAAGCUGGGCCAACGGGAUGAGUAAAAUGAUAAUAACAGGAGGAAGUUUAAGUGAUAGCAAGAAAGCUAUUGACUUAUCUUAUACUGAUGCAAGAUUGUAUGCUACAGUGGGAUGUCAUCCAACAAGAUGUAAUGAAUUUUUUGAAAACCCUGAAACAUAUUUAAAUGGCCUAAGAGAUUUAAUUACUAAGCACAGAGACAAAGUGGUAGCGAUAGGAGAAUGCGGUUUGGAUUAUGACAGACUCCACUUCUCUGGAAAGGAAAUACAACUUAAAUAUUUUGAAUAUCAGUUAAAACUAAGUCGUGAAUUCAACUUACCAUUAUUUCUCCAUUGUCGGGCUGCGGCAGAUGACUUAGUGGAUAUCUUGAGGAGAAACAAGGAUAACAUUGUAGGAGGAGUGGUACAUUCAUUUGAUGGUCCAAAGGAUGCUCUUGAGAAGAUAUUAGACUUAGGAAUGUAUAUAGGUAUAAAUGGAUGUUCACUAAGAACUAAAGAUAAUUUGGAAGUGGUGAGAGAAAUACCACAAGAUCGUCUUAUGAUGGAGACAGAUUGUCCAUGGUGUGAGGUGAAAGCAACUCAUCCUGGCUAUCCGCUUGUUUUCACCAAAUACCCUACCAUUAAGAAAGAGAAGUAUACUAUAGAAUCUGGUAGGCAAGUCAAAGGGAGAAAUGAACCAGUAAAUAUUGUGCAAGUACUUGAAAUUUUAGCAGGUGUACGAAAAGAAAACAUUAAUGAACUAGCGGAAACUAUUUUCAAUAAUACAAAUAAACUGUUUUUCAAUAAAUAA